AUGACUGAUCGUGUGUCCCAACACCCCAAAUGUAAGCACGCGUUCCUUGCGGUGAACAUGUCCAAACAAUCUAAACAACAGUUCGAAACAAAGCGUCUGUGGGAAAUCAACGAUGUCAUCCUCAACGAGAAUUACGCGUACCAGCGAACAACAAAUGGUCUCCAUUACACGUUGAUGACAAGCAGGAGUGAUCUCCCAGUUGCCUUCUUCGACUUUGAAAGGAAACAGGCGAUGGAGGCACGGGAAAAGGCUGAGGCGCUAGCCUCGUCAUCGGGCAGAGGGGCUCAGCAUCUCAGGCGGGCGGGCGGUACAUUCCAUCCCAACUAUGAGCUGCCAUCGCAGAGGAUUGCCAAGGCGGAUACCUUUCAACAGGUGUCUUCAUCUGGAAAAGACGCGCAACGAAAGAGAGGCAAGGCAACGGAGGGAAAGGGAAGGAGUGACCUUGCUCUAUAUUUUCUUCAAGCUGCCUGUGUUUCCUCAAGUCACUGGUGA